CAGGACCGCGGCGUUUGGAAUAAGGGAGCGAUGAGGAUCCCCAUCCCCGUGUGUUCUCGCAGCUUCGUCUUCCUCGUGGUGGCCAUCGCGACGGACUUCUGGUACAUCAUCGAUGCCUCCAAGCUGGACGCGUCCCGGAACGGCUCGGACGCGCUCAGCUCGCACUCGGGGCUCUGGCGGACCUGCCGCGUGAGGAGUGAGUGUUACCCUUUGAUAAACCUCUUCUGGCACGAGAAUGCAAACAUCACCGAGUCACACAGACAGCUUUUGUACAUGCAUGGAACAUUUGUCAUCCUGAUGCCCCUCAGCCUGAUACUGAUGAUUUUUGGAGGAAUGACUGGGUUCAUCAGUAUCCUUGCCAGGGCCUACCUACUGCUUCUGAUGACAGGACUGCUUUUUCUUUUUGGAGCUCUGGUCACACUUACUGGGAUCAGUGUCUAUAUUGCAUAUUCAGCUGCUGCCUUUGAAGAAGCUGUCUGCCUCCUGAGGAGCAAGGACCUCCUGGUGGAAAUCGAUAUCAGGUUUGGCUGGUCCCUGGCCCUGGUCUGGAUCUCCUUUGUCGCAGAAGUGCUCACUGGGGCCGUGUUCCUCCUGGCAGCAAGAGUUGUGGGUCUGAAACAGCAGCGUGAGCAGACGUUAUGAACAACAGGUAUCCCUGCAACAACAGAACCCUGAAGAGCCUGACAGUCUGGAUUGCUCGGUCCAGCUGCUCACUGGGGGUAUAUAAAAGUGGAAGGCUGAGUGCCUUGUCCACUGCUGUAAACCUUUUCCCUCACAGUUGGCUAUAAAACACAAAGAUUCUGAUAAAUCAGUAAAACAUUGCAAGUGCUGUCAAUAAGGACACCCUUGUGACUUUAGAAGAAAGUACAUUGCAGUGUUAGUGUUUUCAGACUAAUUUCAGCUGGCAGCUCAUAAGACAUCUCCAUUCACUGCUUGGAACAAGGCUGAUUUCUUGCUUUCUUUUAUCUUUUUUGCUGCCUAAGCAAAGUGCCUCAGAGUACCUUGCAGGUCAGCUUUUGGUUUCUCCUCUGAGACUCCUAAGAAGGACAUGGACCUGCUGCAGUGAGUCCAGAGGAGGCCACAAAGAUGCUCCAAG